CAGUCCAAUGGGAAAAGACACUGCUGGAGUGAUUUCAUUCACUGUUUUGUGGUGAUCUCUGUCUGAGGGAGCAGCAUGGAGCCUCCACAGUCACAGGGAGAGGACUCAGCCGCUCCCAAAGCCCAGCUCUCUGCAGCGAUGCGGGCGAAGAUCGAGCGGAACCGGCAGCGGGCGUUGAUGCUCCGACAAGCCCGACUGGCGAGCCGCUCUCUGUCCGCUAUCGAGGGCGCAACGUCGGCCAAAGUCUCCAAGACCAUCGACUCCGGUGCGGGUUUCUUCAUCGAGGAGGACGAGGACGGAGAGGAGGAGCAGAGGAUCAAGAGGGUUGUGCACCAGCCAGCUCCGGUGAUCGAGCCAGACUACCUGGUGUGUGAAGACUGUCAAAAACCCUUCAUGGACUCGUUCCUCAGCAACAGCUUUGACCUGCCUGUGUGUGAUAAAUGCAGAGACAAUGACGAGAAGCAUAAGCUGAUCUCCAGAACGGAGGCCAAACAGCAGUACCUGCUGAAGGACUGUGACCUGGACAAGAGAGAGCCUCCGCUCAGGUUCAUACUGAAGAAGAACCCUCAUAACCCACGCUGGGGAGACAUGAAACUCUACCUCAAACUACAGGUGGUGAAGAGAUGUAUGGAGGUGUGGGGUUCAGAGGAGGCCCUGGAGGAGGCCAAAGAGACCAGGGAAGAGAACAAAGAGGUGCAGAAACAGAAACGCUUCAACAAGAAGGUCAAAGAGCUGCGCAGGGCGGUGAGGAGCAGCAUGUGGACCAAAGACACCAGCGUUCACCAGCAUCAGUACGGACCAGAGGAGGUGGUGGAUCCAGAGGAGGACCUCUACAAGAAAACCUGCACCACCUGCGGACAUGAACUCACCUACGAGAAGAUGUAGAUACACACACACACACACACACGCACGCACACACGCACACACUGACAGGUACAGGUUCAGUCUGAGGAGAAAUUUGGUGCUUCUGUGGGGAACCACGCCUCUCAAAAACCUUUCAGCUGUAUUCUUUUUAUGUCUGUUUUUCUACGGGUAUUUGUUAACAAAACACUCCAUCUCGAUCACGAACAAGGGGCCAAAAUCAGUCCUGUGGGACACACACAGGCUGUUAUUGGUCCGUAUUAAUUUCUAUUUAAAACAACAGUUACUGACCUCAGCUUGAACUUGGUAUAUUUUUAGCAGAUUGUCUUUCCAGUCCGCUGCCUCAUGCUGCACUUCCUGUUUUUUGUCAUGCAUAGAGAUUCCCUCUAGCAGUGGGCAAAUAAAGGAAGGCACGAUACUGAAACUUGAAUAUACCGUCUUGCGUAAAAAAAAAAAAAGAAUUGUAGUUGCUGCUUUAUGACUGAAACCAGAAUGACCAGCGAGAAUAAAAACUGCUUCCAUGGACAAAAACGUGAAUUUAGAGAAGGAGGGUCUAUUUUUAGGACAAAAUAUGUUAACUACACUCCCUCUCAGCUUUGUGGCAACAGGUCAAAUUUGUUAUUGUUGCUUAAUGCAGAUGCAUUCUGGUGAUAGAUUUAAAACAUUUUGUUAUUGGGGAUGUCCUCCUUGCUCAAUUUCCUCUCACUGUUCACUUCAUGACAUCACUUUCCAAUUAUAAUUGAAGACAUUGGUCUUUCAUCUAUUCUUGGACAAAGAUGCACUCGUGCGUAGACCUCAGUCCGCUCUGAAGUUGCUGGAAAAUUAUUCAGACGUGAGAUAUCUGCUGAGAAAUACUGGACUCUGUGGACUCAUGUUUCAUACUUCAGCAUCAGCUGUAAAGAGACAGGCUGUCACCAUCCAGAUACUACCAAACACUGCAUAAAAUACUGGACUUGGCCACUUUGACGUCACCCAUUGGUUUGUGGACUACCGUUGUGAAGCCUCAAGUUUGGCAUUUUGGCCAUCACCAUCUUGUGUUUUUUUUGUUUUUUGGAGACACAAAGGACUGUAUUUGGACGAGAGGCUGGAGCAGUGGAGGAGUGAGAUCUGUGUGAGAGCCAGAGGACACUAUGCACGCCUGAUUUGUCAUUCACAAGGAAGCCAAGCAUCAAAGCAAACCUUCAUGCAUCGCCCGUUUCAUUCUAAAUGGGGCUAUAAUUUACAAAAUGAACAUCAUGCUGUACUGAAGAAGACUUAAAACCGGUGAUUUAGACCAUAAAACUCAUGAGUAAAAUGUUUACUGAAGCAAUAAGUUAAGUGACAAGUGAGAUAAUCCUCUCAUUGACGUCUGUACAGCUGGAGCUCUUGUUUUUUGGACUUCUGGUGGAGUCGCCCCCUGCUGGCCUUUAGAUAGAAUGCAGGUUUACGCACCUCUGCAUUGACUUUACUUAUCAAACCCAGAGAUGACCAAUAAAUUACUUCUAAUACUACAGUGACAUUAAAAAUGUGAA